AUAUAUAUAUGUCUUUACAUAUAAUUAAAAAGAACCAUUUUAUUUUGAAUGUCAAAUGAGAACUAUUGUGCCAUUGAAUAUAGUAUUAAUAAAUAUAUAACAAUUAUUUUCUAAUUUAAGGAUUUUUUUUAGAUAAGAACCUUGAAGGAAAGGAAGGAAAAAGAAGGAAUGAAAGAUUCUUUUCGAUAAUAGCUGUAGCCUUUUAAAGAGGGAACCUUUUUUAUACAAAAGAUAUCAAUAGCACAUGCACAUGCAUGAGUGGAGAAGGGAGCGAGGUGAGAGGCGGUGAAUGCGAAUGCAGGAUCGUGUAGCUUCGUGCAUCCUCGCGAUCAUGACAGCUGGCGGCUGUAUACACUCAGCUCUUUGUUUAUUUUCGUGCGAUGUACGGACAUCGCGUGGCAAACGAUCUCAACUGAUUAGUGCUAGUGGCAGACAGUCAGUGCCGAGUGCGCUGACCCGUAGAAUGAUCGUGGAUGGUCAUUGACCGCGACUGACAGGCACGAUCUAUUGUUUACAUCUCGACAUAUCCUGAGAAGAGCGACGUCCCGGAUCUCGUUCCUCCUGACUCCUGAUCGACGAUUUCUCGCGACGAUACGUGAACGAGCAUGUCAUCGUCGAAGACAGCGGAAAGCUCUCCCGCGAGAACCACGAGCAACAAAGGCGAGCAACAGGAAUUUCCGCUCGGCCUCGAUAAGGACGCCAGCGAGCAUAGCAUCUCCAGCAUGAUGUCGUGCGUAUCCAUUUCGCCGAAGCAUGCGGAGAGCAGUCUCCGGAUGAUGGAAAGUUAUUUGCACAAGCAACAGCUGACAGACGUCACGCUAAUCGCGGGAAAUAAACGUGUCCCGGCUCAUCGAUUAGUACUAAGUGCUGGUUCAGAAUAUUUUGCUGCUAUGUUUACAAGCUCUCUACGAGAGUCAGCACAAAAUGAAAUAGAAUUAAUGGAUGUAGAUGGAGAUGCAUUAUGGGCUCUGGUUCUUUACUGUUAUACAGGUUGCAUAGAGUUACAGGAAGAUAGUGUAGAGACCCUUCUUGCAACUGCAUGCCUAUUACAAUUAAAUCCAGUUAUUAAAGCAUGCUGUCAAUUUCUCAUUAAACAACUUCAUCCAAGUAAUUGCCUCGGCAUACGAAUGUUUGCCGAUACACAGGGUUGUACAGAAUUAUUUGAGCAUGCACAUGCAUAUACUACCAAACAUUUCAUGGAAGUUACAAGAAAUCAAGAAUUUUUACUUCUGUCUGCUAACGAAGUCGCAAAAUUACUCGAAUCCGAGGAUCUUAAUGUUCCUUCAGAAGAAACUAUUUUCCAUGCCCUUAUGAUUUGGUUGGAGCAUGAUCCAGAAAACAGGAGCAAAGAUGCCAGUGAUUUAUUAGGUCUAGUCAAAUUACCAUUGUUAUCACCCGCAUUUAUAGCUGACAAUAUUGAGAGCAAUGAAAUGUUUAAAGACCAAAGAGUGGCACAGGAAUUAGUAAUGGAAGCAUUGAAGUAUCAUCUGCUGCCUGAACGAAGACCUCUGCUUCAAUCAGGAAGAACGAAACCAAGAAAAGCUACUGUGGGUACAUUGUUAGCUGUCGGAGGAAUGGAUGCUAAUAAAGGUGCGACAUCCAUAGAUGCAUUUUCAUUGCGCGACAACGCUUGGAAAUCUCUAGCUGCCAUGAGUGGUAGAAGAUUGCAAUUUGGUGCUGUAAUAGUAGAUAAAAAAUUAAUUGUUGCGGGCGGUAGAGAUGGUUUAAAAACGCUAAACACGGUAGAAUGCUUCGAUUUUUCUACUCUUACCUGGAGUACAUUACCACCCAUGAAUGUACAUCGUCAUGGCUUAGGAGUAGCAGUCUUAGGUGGACCCUUGUAUGCUGUUGGUGGUCAUGAUGGUUGGAGUUUUCUUGAUACAGUAGAGAGAUGGGAUCCAGCAACACGUCAAUGGAGUUCGAUAUGCCCUAUGUCCAUACAAAGGUCUACAGUUGGUGUAGCUGUAUUAAAUGAUAAAUUAUAUGCUGUAGGAGGAAGAGAUAUCAGUUCCUGUUUAAAUACUGUAGAAUGCUAUGAUCCACAUACUAAUAAGUGGACACCAUGUGCGCCUAUGUCAAAGAGACGAGGUGGUGUAGGCGUAGGAGUAGUAAAUGGUUGCCUUUAUGCACUUGGUGGUCAUGAUGCUCCAGCUACUAACCCAAAUGCAAGCAGAUUUGACUGUGUAGAGAGAUAUGAUCCUAAAACCGAUACAUGGACAAUGGUUGCACCAAUGAGUGUACCCCGAGAUGCAGUAGGUGUGUGUGUGCUAGGUGAUCGACUUAUAGCUGUGGGAGGAUAUGAUGGUCAGCAAUAUCUCACACUGGUAGAAGCCUACGAUCCACAUUCUAAUGAAUGGGAACCCGUUGCUCCUCUUAAAACUGGCCGCGCAGGACCUUGUGUAGUUAAAAAUUUAGCUGGCAUCUAAAGUUUUUUAAUAGAAAAUACAUAUAUAUGAACUCUAUUUUUUUCUUAGAGUAUAACAAUGUGUAAUACUGCUUAUUAUAAAUAUUUUGAAAUUUUAAGAUAUAUGAUAAAUAUUAUUAAUAAUAGAUAAAUUAUUGAAUAAGUUUUGCUAUGAAUAAUAGAAAUGAGUGAUAUAAAAUAUGUGCUGGGAGAAAAACUGAAAAAUAAGUAUUAUAGAUAUAGAUAUUUCAAGUAACGCCUGUAUAUUAAAUUAUAUUAAUUUCAUAAAAUUAAUUCUUAGUAUCAAUCAACAAUCUAUAAGAUUUGUUUCAGAAAUAAUAACACAAUCUGCUCUCUUGUGAUAUUGUAUAUGUUAAAUUAUUGCAGUGUUAUUUUUUUGAAACACAAUUUUAUAGAGAUAACUUCAUUUAUGAAUAAAUAUUAAAUUUUUUUUAGUAUGUACUUUUAUAGGAUUUUUACACACUUUUGUAUUGUUAUACUAUAUUAAGAAAAUUCCAAUCAUUGUAACUGCCAUACGUUUAUUUCGACGCUUAUUUACGAAUUUGUACAUAUUACUGCGAUUUUAUAUAAAUUUUCAAUGUAAUGAUUUUACUAAUGACAAUGUUUAUAAUGCAUGUGUGUUUGUUAUAAUCUAAAAACAAAAGCCAAAAAUUUUUUAAUAGAAUAUAUAUAUAUAAACUAUUCUCUCUCAAAAAAUAUAACACAAGUAUAA